UGGAGAAAGCCGUCGCUCGACUUCUGUUGUUGAUGUCGAAAAGUUACACAAGCAAAGGGAUGGGGUUGUACAAGAGGACGGUUUCACAACUGUAAAAGAGGCUUCCACGCCCACGAUCACCGGCGGUCACACCCGUGGCGACAGAGCUUUCCUUUAGAGGGGAUCUUCACAGAGAAACAAUACUCCAGGCACCCAACUGGUGGAGAACCAUCUGAGUAAUUUGCCCACGCCUCCUCUUUCGACACAGAAACCGGGAAAGAAACACGUUUUGUGGGUUUUUCCUUUUUGGCGCUUCACAACCCUCUUUGAGUAGACACAAUCGAUCGGUGACUAGAACCCGCGCGUGGAUGUGAUUUGAUUCACUCGUCGAGUGUGGACCGGUUGCUGCUCUUUUUUUUUUGUCUGUGGGGGAGAUACAGCUGUGGCCUGUGAGGUCUACAGAUUUGUGUUAGAAACAGAUCCUUGCAGCGAUGGAGUUGAGUUCAGUGCUCUUAACCACCGGGAGCUCCGUCGGGUUCUUCAGACUCGUCAACACCGGGUUCAGGAACCUGCCCACGCCUGAAUCCGCCCGCAGGAACGCGUGGAAGUGGAGAAACAUCUCGACGUCCUUUGUGCACAGCGGCAUCACUGCGAUAUGGGCAGUGCUGUGCUUUUUCCUGCACCCACAGAUGGCAGAAGAUUUGAUAGAAACCCACUCUGUGUUUUCUCACGCUUUGGUGUCGUUUUCUAUCGGUUACUUCAUCUAUGACUUCCUUGACAUGGUGGUGAACCAGAAGCUGACUCAGUCCUGGGAGCUUCUCUUCCAUCACGUUGUGGUGAUCACCUGUUUCGGCCUCUCGGUGCUGUCCUGCCGCUACGUCGGCUUUGCCGUGGUGGCCCUGCUGGUUGAGAUCAACUCCGUGUUCCUCCACCUCCGCCAGAUGCUGCGCAUGGCCGGCAAAGCGGUGGGCACGCUCUACCGGGUCAACAGCAUCAUCAACCUGGGCACGUACGUGGUGUUCCGCAUCAACACGUUGGCCUGGAUGACCCGCUGGCUGGUGCUCAACCGGGACAACGUGCCCCUCCUGGCCUACACACUGGGCAGCGUGGGAAUGGCCAUAAUGACGGCCAUGAACAUCGUCCUGUUCUGUCGCCUGCUCAGGAGCGACUUUCUGAAGAACAGCACCCGGGAGACCAAGAAAGAGAAGGAGAUGUAAGGACAAGGGGAGGAAGGGACGAAACGAGGAUUAUCAGCUGUAAACGCACUCAUUACCGUAUUUUAACGUCAGUUUUGCUACCGCUUUAGUGUUUGUGUCUGUGAGGGUGUGUGUGUGUGUGUGUGUGUGCGCGUGUGUGUGUGUGUGUGUGUGUGUGUGAGAGAGAGAGAUAUGCCCAUAUGGUGGGAGAUGGAGGAAUCUUGUCGUCUUGCAUACUGUACAGUUACAUGCAUACUACAUGUGAUCGAAUGGCCUUACGUGAAAACACCGAUCACAGCUAAAGGUAAAAGCUACAUUGUGUUGUACUUUUGAUUUUAGGCUUGUGUAGCAGUAUUGUGUGGCCCAAUAAUCCCCGAGUGCCAUAAGUGGCACACUGAUGGUAGAUUCUUCGUAUGAACAAUAUAUACGGUCUUGUAGAACAACACAAAUGGUCUUAUUUCCUAAAACCAGUUCUAAAAUGUAGCUUGCAGUAAGUGAAGACACUCGUACGACAAACCCACUAACGCAUUUUAUGCCCAAAGAAAAAGUAGGACAAAUCUCUUCAGAAUAGUUUUUUUAUUUACCAGUCGUCCAAACCCUUUUGUUGUUCAACGCUCGCGCUGCAGAGGUGAAUACUCUUCUUUUUUUUCUCCAACAAAUCUCCUCAAGUAAAAAACGCCUGCUACCUCAGAGAGCUUCUUUCUUUUGCCUCAAUCUUACACAAGCUGUGCUUUCAGUGUUAGGAAAACUCUUUAAAACAUCUGUAAUAGAGAAUUUAAAAAAUCAAAUAACAAAUAUACAAUGGUCAAAGUAGGUUUUUAUCUUCAUUCUAAAUAUACAGUAUAAUCCUUAAAACAACUUGAGCCUCUCAGAUCUGCUAAACGUUAGAUGGAUUGAUGGAUUGGCUAAUGGAUCAAUUACAAUCCACCCGCGUUGGUGUCAGGGUGCAGCAGCAGCAGUAGUCCGUAAUGGAAGUUUCGGGAACAUAACAGGUUUAAUGACAAUAUAUUGCGCUACAGAACUAAGUGGCGCUAAUGUUUUCAUGGUGCAUGUGUUCCUUCGGUGAAGUCGCAGCAGGAGCUUGUUAUUCCACAUUUGGCCUUUGGAGGACAGCAGACUCCUCAUCAUCCCCUCUGUGAUCUCAGUACAGACGUCAGCACACGGAUGUCUUUAUUUUUAUUUAUUUUUAUGUCUCGGUCAACCUGUGCCUCCUGCCUUAUGUUUUGAAAUCCUUGAAGUUGUUGUUGGAACAAACAGGUCUGGGAUCUGUGACUAUAGAAAACUCCCGGCUGCCAUUAAGGCCGCCUUCUCUAACCACUCACAUGACAUCAUCGCAGUGCUCAUGUGGACCAGAAACCUUUUUGUUUUAAGAGUGUAUAUGUUGUUGGCUAAAGAUGAAAAGAAAAACAAAGUGUAUUAAUUAUCCCUGUAAAUGUAAAGUAAAUGUGAUCGUGUUAGUUGUUGCAUCACAUAAGGUCCUAUAUUCACUGUAGCCAAAUGUAUGUGAGGGGGGAAGCGCAUCGUCGUCAGGCCCUAAAACCAGGCUGUCCAACCGCAUUACUCACAGGUAACGGACAUAUCACACUGUACUCUGUUCCAGAUGGAAAGAAACUUUAGAUACAAACUGUACGCUCAACUGAUUUAAAUGACACAAACGCAGACCCGUAAAGAAACUUAAAUUGUCCAUCUUAAAUUCAAGACCACUGCAUUGAAGAAAUGACAAUGUUUGAGAGGGUGACGGUUAAAUUUGAUUUAUCGUUGUCAUCCGAUUUUAAGAUCAGGGGUACAAUUUUAUUUUUUUGAGUGUUGAUUUUCCCUUUUUUUUAAAUUAUUAAAUAAUUCAUUUUUUUUAGGGCAGCUUGACUUUGUGUUUGUAAUGAAGACAACUGGUGACAAUUGAAGUUUGUACUAACAAGCAAGCUUAUUUGUAAAUAUAUUAUAUGAGGCUUUAAUUUUAUCGUUAUGGUCCUCUGUGCUUUUAUGAAUUGUGAUGAAAUGUGACGAUUAAGAUGCCUCUGCAUAUCAAUGUCGUAAUGACACUAAAACUAUCCGCUGCUGCGCUCUCUGCAUUCUGAUUCCUGCUCUCUUUUCUUUCUUUUUUUUUUUUUUU